AAUUCAUGGACUUGUCCAAUUCCCUCCGCUUUUCUUCACCACCGUCAGCCCGCCACUUACCUCUCUCUAACCCUGAAGAAUAACAGUCCGUAGAAACACAGAAUUUGGGGAAGAUUGUCAGACUGCAGAGCUUGGGCGAACAGUUGAGAAUAAUUUCCAGGGUGGCCAUCAUCCAAAUUGGUGCUAAGAAUGGUUUCUGAAUUGAUUAAUGCUAAUCCCAUUGUUUAUGAGAAGAAGGAACGCCGAGCUGCUCGAAGUACACCGAUUGUGGAUGAAUAUGCAGUAGAACCAAUCGACCAACAAGAAAUAUUUGAUCAUCUUAGAGACAUAAAAGAUCCAGAGCAUCCUUAUUCCUUAGAAGAGCUGAAAGUUAUUACAGAAGAUGCCAUUGAAAUAGAUGACAAGCGAAACCAUGUCACUGUCACAUUCACCCCAACCGUUGAGCAUUGCAGUAUGGCAACCGUCAUAGGCUUAUGCCUGCGAGUUAAACUCAUGCGCUGCCUGCCUUCUCGUUAUAAAGUUGAUAUUAGAGUUGCACCAGGAAGUCACGCCACGGAAGCUGCAGUAAAUAAACAAUUGAAUGACAAAGAACGAGUUGCUGCAGCUUUGGAAAAUCCCAACCUCGUGGACAUGGUUAACGAAUGCCUCGCUCCAUCUUAUGAACCGUGAAGGGUAGGUUCUGUGCGAUUAUUCUCGAGCUCGCUUCCGGGGCUCCAUAAAAUUCCCUAUACUUUCUGUAGCCUGCUGAGUUUUAGUGGAUUAUUGCUUGUUCUUCCUUUCCUUUAUAUGAUGUUAUACUUUUACACCACUCUUGAUUCUUUCAGUUCAUUAACUUAAUAACUUCAGUAAAUGUUGCCAGGAUGUUAUUAACUGAGCAAAGUGCCUGUUUUUGUUU